CCCGCGGAGACGGGUUCACAGGUCCCACAGCCACGGACACCGGCCGCAGGGGUCAGGCAUGGCUGCGCCGCGGGACGGCGCUGUGGUCAUCUUGGGCAGCGGCCUCAUUGGGCGAAGCUGGGCUAUGCUGUUUGCCAGUGGCGGCCUCCAGGUGAAACUCUACGAUGUUGAGCCUCAGCAGGUAACGAGCGCGCUGGAGAGCAUGAGGAAGGAGAUGGAGUUGCUGGAGCAGUCGGGGGCCCUGAAAGGCUCUCUGGGGGCGCAGGAGCAGCUGUCCCUCAUCAGCGGCUGCCCUGACUUGCAGACGGCAGUAGAGGGCGCCAUGCACAUUCAGGAAUGUGUUCCAGAAAACCUCGAGCUGAAGCAGAAGACGUUUGCUCUGCUGGACGGCAUCGUCGACGACACAGUGGUCUUGAGCAGCUCCACCUCUUGCCUCUUGCCUUCCAAGUUGUUUGCCGGGUUGACCCACGUGAAGCAGUGCAUUGUGGCCCAUCCUGUCAACCCACCCUACUAUGUGCCGUUGGUUGAACUGGUUCCACACCCGGAAACAGACCCUGCCACCGUGGACAGAACAUACGCCCUGAUGAAGAAGAUCGGGCAGUCUCCGGUCCGAAUCCUGAAGGAGAUCGACGGCUUUGCCCUGAACCGCCUCCAGUACGCGGUCAUCAGCGAGGCCUGGAGGCUUGUGGACGAGGGAGCAGUGUCCCCCGGUGAUGUGGACCUGGUCAUGUCUGACGGACUGGGCAUGCGGUAUGCAUUCAUGGGGCCCCUGGAGACGAUGCACCUCAACGCAGAUGGUAAGGUUUCUUCCCUGUGGGGCUCAGAUGGGGCACAGCGUUCCAUGGAUGUGAAGACGGCCUGGGUUCACUUCUCCAUAUUGGUGCAUGGGAAGAAUCCCAUCGGUAACUCUAGGACCCAGACUCAGGCUGGCAGGGCAACCAGUCCGGGGGCAGAGAGGCCAGGUGUGGGACAGAACCGGGCAGACCACCCAGCCUGGUGUGGAGCAGCUGCAUUAUCCGGAAGAGGAGGACAACAUUGCUUAGAGAGGCAUGGAAGAGGCUCUGCUGAACUGGGGGCUUGAUCCCUGAACCUCUAC